AUGUACUUCUUCCUCUCCAAUCUGUCCUUUGUAGACAUUGGUCUCACCUCCACCACCAUCCCAAAGAUGCUGGUGAACAUCCAGACACAGAGCAAGGUCAUCACCUAUGCAGGCUGCAUCACCCAGAUGUUCUUUUUCAUACUCUUUAUAGUGUUGGAUGACUUCCUCCUGACCAUCAUGGCCUAUGACCAGAAAGUGGCCAUCUGUCAUCCCCUGCAUUACACAGUCAUCAUGAAUCCCCAGUUUUGCAUAUUGUUGGUUUUGAUCUCCUGGAUCAUGACUUUCCUGAAUUCCUUGUUACAAAACUCCAUGACAUUAUGGCUUUCCUUCUGUUCACACGUGGAAAUACCCCAGUUUUUCUGUGAUCUGAGUCAAAUUGUUCCACUUGCCUGUUCUGACACUUUUGUCAGUGAUGUGGUCAUCUAUUUUGUAGUUCUGCUUUUGGCUAUUGGUCCCCUUUCUGGUAUUCUUUACUCUUAUUCUAAAAUUGUUUCUUCUCUAUGUACAAUUUCAUCAGCUCAAGGGAAGUACAAAGCAUUUUCCACCUGUGCCUCUCACCUGUCAGUUGUCUCCUUAUUUUAUUGUACAUGCAUGGGUGUGUAUCUUAGUUCUGCUGCCACCCACAGCUCACACUCAAGUGCAACAGCCUCAGUGAUGUACACUAUGUUCAUACCCAUGCUGAACCCCUUCAUCUACAGUCUGAGGAAUAAAGACACAAAAAUGGCUCUGAAAAGACUAUUUGGAAAGAAACUAUGA